AAUGGGCUAAAGUCCACCGGGGUCACACCCUGUGCUCUCCCUCUGUACUGAGUGGCUCCCACACCGCCCUGCUGAAAGCCACAUAGGAGUCCCAGACAGCUUUGUAUUAAAGGACAGGAGCAGGAAUCAGGACUUCACUGCUCUGGAAAAUAACGAAACUGAGCAGGAUUAGAGCCCGUCUCGUUACCAGACAGGGGUGACUUGCAGGGCUUUGUGCAGGUGCAGGCUGAGACAGAAUUCUGCCCUACACUGGCUCACACUGAACAGAAACACCCUGGCUUGUUUUGAGUGCGCAGGAACAAAUUCUUACCCUACAGGGAGAAAUAACACACAAAGUCCCGGUGGCUGAAAGAACGCUCACAAGAAAGUGAACUUAAAUCGUGGAUACAUCACUCCGCUCUGCCAGUUUGCUUUCCUUAUUGCUUCUCGGCCAAAGGCGACAACAUGCGGCUCUAUGGGGGACGAAACAGAUCUUUCCAGGCUCCCGUCACUGUCCAUAAUUAUCCAAGCAGCCACGUUUACGUGUUUCAAAAUGGCCACCUGGAUCCGGAUGAGUCAUCAGAGGAGGAAUCUGACUUCAUGGAAUUACGUCCAAGGGGCAAGGAGCCGCAGCAGUGCAGUGCUGCCCAAGAGAAAGGGAACGUGGUGCUCCUGGAACGAGAGCUCAUGGAGGGCGAUAACCUCAACAAGCUAGCCCUGCAGUAUGGCUGUAAAGUUGCAGAUAUCAAACGCGUCAACAACUUCAUCCGCGAGCAGGACUUGUAUGCUCUGAAGUCCAUCAAGAUUCCUGUCAAGGCCCACGGGCUGUUAACGGAGAUCAGCAACGAAUUAAAAUCUCAGAAUGCGCCUUCCCAGGCUGGGCUGACACUCAUUGAGCUCCCGGAGCCUGAUGCAGGAGCCACAGGCAGCAGCUGUACUGAAAGCAGACUCCUGAGUGACUACUUUAAGGGGAUUGACCAGAAUAUUGAGAAUGCUGUGAAAUCAAAAGCCCAUUUAAACACCGAUUAUUGCACAGAAGCACCAAACGGCCCAUCAUCCCGUUCAGUGGGGCAGAAGGAGCCCAGCAAUGGUGCAGACUGUGGAAUCCAGUGGUGGAAUGCAGUUUGUAUCAUGCUCCUGAUCGGCAUAGUCUUGCCAGUAUUUUACAUUGUCUAUGUUAAAACACAGCAGACUGGGGCGGCAGCCCAUACCACAAACACAACUUUUGCCUCGAAUAGCCCCGCUCCUGAAUUGGUGGGGAAAUUGUCACAGCACCUGGCUGUUGUAGAAACCCCUCAAUGGGAGACACGGCACACGACUGCCUCACCUCUCGACCCGGAUGCCCACAAACCAGUAACUCCAGCACGGCUGGAUUCAGGUGGCUAAUUUUUUUCUAAGUGAGCAAACGCACGUGACUGAACAUGGGGUGACAUAGAAUCAUAGAAUCCUAGGGCUGGAAGAGACUCAAGGUCAAGUCCAGCCCCCUGCCCAAGAGACGUGUUUUCUCUGAAUGAAUAAAGAUGUUUUGUAGCUUACUGAGGGUAACAGCCGAUUGGCUCCACGUUGAUAAACCCUUCCAAGGGCAAGCCGCUUGCCUCAACUUAUUCUGUGUGGCAGGUACCUCUCAUGAGUGGCCUUGUCUAAAAAUCUGAAGUAGGCAGAUAGAACGGUGCUCUGGAAUACUGUAGGGUUUAUGGAUUGGAGUGAUGCAGUCUCAGCGCUGGUGAGAAGACACUGCUUGUAUAGACGGAACAUUCCUCCCCCCCCAAGAACUAAAAGCAACAUUUUGCAUCUGGCAGAAGCGAGGGGCCUUGCCUAUUUAGCCCCCCAGAUGGCUUUGUAGUGGGAUAAAGUAGCUGUGGUGCUAAUACAAACCAGGACACUUGAAACCUUCAUAUCACUUUAUUCUGAUCUAUGCCAGUAUUAAGCUACCGUGAGCGCCGUAAAGGGUCUGUCUGUGCACGGAGUCCCUGUGACCUCAGUAGGGCUCCACACAGGUACCUGGUCAGGCCAGAACUUGCUGCAGAACUGGUACUUAAAGGCUGUUAAUGAGGGAUAACUGCCCUAUUAAACCAUGAUAGCAAUAGUCAUGUUCAGCCACAUAGUCCAAUCCUCCAGCAACGUCUGGCUCACUUGCCCCCCAGAAAGCUUGAAACUAGUGUCAGUUGGUCUGGUGGCUUUAGUACCUUCAUGCACUUGUGGGCAAUCCAUACGUCUUUCUUUGCACAAUGGGCUUCCUCAAACACCGCAUUUCAGUCUAAACAGUGUGUCCCUGCUCUUACAAGGGGCAGGGAGGAGUUUUCUAUUUUGUACAGUAAUAAAAAGGCAGGGGAAACGAGCCCCCAGUAUUUCAGGAGUUUAAAAGAAGCAGCAUAACGUGUAGCUUGGGGACUGAAAACCUACCCCAGACAAAUUUUAGCGCCUGUGUAGUUAGCCAUGUUUCUCAUCUCCAUCCUAAAGUAAGGUCUCUUGAGUGACUCAUGGUUAUGACAGACUAAGAAAUUCUUGAUGCAUUCUGGCCCACAGGUUUCAGGUGUAUUUUUUAAAGACUGAUGUACAGUAAAUGUUGAAUUCAUGACAAGGCUCCUUGCAGUAUAUGCUCUGAAUGUGGAUGAAGACUAAGCUUUGGGUAGUUUGACUCUGGAGUAAAAGCCUCUUAAAUUGAUGAAGUGAUUUUUAAAGUCAAUGCAGAACUGUAUCUCAUGGCUACAAACUGCCGUAGAAAUUGACAUUUUAUACAGAAACAGUGCGCAUAACAUGAGCAAAAUCCCCAUAACAUAUUGCCUAGAUGUAAGCUAAUGUUCAGUGUAACGAAAACUUUAAGGAAGUUAGACUUUUCUCCAGGUCUAGAUUAGGGAUGUGAAAGAUGAACCAAUUAACAGGUAAGCAUCAUCCUAAACAGGAAAUGCCUACCAGUUCCGGUAACCAGCAGGUCUGCCACUGACAGGAGCUGCUCCAGCAUCCAGAGCAACCUCUGUCCACGAGGACACCGGGCACCCUGUGGGCAGGGGCUGCUCUGCUCUGUCUGUGGGGAGCCCACACCUGCUGCGGAUAGGAGUGUGGGGUUGGGGGGCAGGAGCCCUAUGGGCUGGAGUAAGGAUGUUAAAUGGCGUUUAAUCGGUGUUAUAGAAUUAGUACGGUUGUAACAUUGUGCAAAUCACAGAUUAAUAAGAUGCUCAUUAGAAAACACAUAAGUUUAAUGCAAAAUACAGAGAAAGGUUUUUCUCUUUCAGCUAUUCAGAUACAAGAGUCAAUUUAAAAAAAUCUAGCAACAUUAAGCAGGAAAGGAUAGUGUGAAAAAAUAACUUCCGAAAUGAUUUGUUGGAUGAAUUGCCUGCUGUUGUCACUAGAGGGCACUGUUGUCACAAAUACUCAAGUGACAAGGCAAGCUGAAGGAAACUUGUAUCUUAAACUUAUGACAGUGUUAGUACCAGCCAUUUGUCUCCAACUAAUUCAAGUGCUGAUGGAUAGUCUUGUCUAAGGUUCUGAGUUGCGUGUUGAAGUUAAAAAUCAAGAGAGAGAAAUUAUGUCUCGUUAAGAUAUUUAUUGCUGACACUAUCGUCUCCUGGCAUGAGGCAAAUACACAGACAGCAUUUACACAGUUAUUUGUAAUGACUCAAAUGAAAAGCAUCUGAAAAACCAGCUUCUUGCUGCAACAGGAGCCGGAAAGUACAAUGAAUCAAGUAAACAGCACCUUUCUAUUUGUUUCUUGGUAUCAUGGCUUAACACUAAUUCUUCCUGUGGGAAGCUCUUUAGGGUUCAUGGGGGUUUGAGGUAACAGAAUUUCUUUUACAAAGGUACCUAGAACAUCUGAUGUCUUCAAGCCAGCUGUAUCCAUUUACAAUAAUAUUUUUCUUCUGUGAAGGAAGAAGGGUCUCUUCUAUGGGCUAAUGUUACAUUUCUAAAUGAAGAGAAAUUCAAUAAAAGCAUAAUGGGAGCGGUUCUGGACUGCUGUCUGUUACUUUCACAGCAUUAUCUGAACAGUGCAUGCGUUUUAUGUCACAGUUUGCCUUAUAAAGAAAAGCAAAAUGUAAGACAGAACCAUGGCUAGACAUGGGUCUGAUGAAGAAUGUCUUUCAAUUGUAAAUAUUUCCAGCAACACUGUAAUCACAAAGAAAGCAGAAUACUACGGUCAUUAUGUGUGGGAACAAAAUAUCCUUGCAAAUCCUGUUCCAAACUGCAGAAUGCUGGCUAAAAAUCUUAAGUGUAUUUAGUAUGUACAUUCCUGUUCAGUGCCAACACGGAAAACAUCAAAUUCAGACCCGAGUUUCUCACCGUAGAACGCAGACCGGAACGUUGACAGUUCUGCUCUGAAACAGGAUUAUAAAACUCACCCUGGUUUGCUGUGUUGCAGUGACGUCUUAUCAAGCAUCUUCAGUUUUUAAAGUCAUCUGUCAAACUGCCAGCCAGGAGGAAAAAAACCAGCCUAGCACUGCAGAAUCAGGCUGGAUUCCUCCUUUGUCAGAGACCAUUUGCAGGUUAAAUUGUCCCCUCUUUGAUACCUAUGCUGUCAGGGGUCUUGCCUUCAUGGAGUUACUUGGGUGAAAAUAUUUGGAAACCCGGAAACAAUUCUGUUGGCGCACACAGAGGAACAGAAUGUAGCACAGGUGCUCUCGCCCCCGCUAAGCCAACAUGGCUAACAGCAAUACAAAGUAGCAUAUUUGAAGCAGUGGAUUGCAACUGUGGCUUGCAAGGUGCUUGUGGCCCUAUCAGCACAAGAGU